ACAUUGAAAUUUAGCAUGUAAUUAACCCACCAUAUAUUAAUCUGGCGCUCUCGAGUUAAUUCACCUAUCGCAAUUUUGUUUUUACUAAUCUGACCGUCUGCCUUACGCGGGUCCCCCAUAUUUAGGGCUAAUAUUUGGUGGAAGUACUAAGAAAGGUCCAAGGAACCCCCCAUAUUUUAAUCUGACGCGCUCGAGUUACUACACAAAUCCCCUCUUGGGCUCCCCUACUAUUAGUUCAAACAUUAUAGCGGCUAUAUUAAACGAGUUAAUUAAGUUAGUUUUUAUCUUCACUUAAUUGUUUGAAUUUUCUAGAACAUUUUCGUUCGGGAAAGUGGGCAUGCAUAUUAUUUUUAAAGAUAAGAAAAUAUUGUAAUAAAAAAUUGCAGAUUGCUGACAAUAUUGUAAAGUAGGUUAGUUUGAAGUAAACAAAAUAUUAGAGCAGAGCAUCAAGUCUUCACUUUUUUUCGUAUAUUAAAAUUAAAUCGAAGGCUUAAUACCAAUUAAUAAAUAAUUAGUAUGUCAGUUACUUCCGAGACUCUGUCAGAGUUAAAUGACAAUGUUAGUGAAAUCGACAUUAAUGAUUCUGAUGAAUCAGGAAGACGAAAUUCCUCUGAAACAUCGAAUGCAAGACCAAACUGGAAUUUCAUUGAAACGGAAAAAGCUGCUCGACAAUUUAUGGGAAAUUUCGAUCCUGAAUCGAGUGCUAGAGAAAAAAGAAAACUUAAUAGAAAAUUAACUAAUACAGGGCGUCGAUAUACCAACGUAUUGUAUGAUGAACGUGGAAUACAUAUUAGAACAAAAUUAGAUUUAUGUGAUUGUUUGAAAGAAAGGUGUACUGGUUGCUUUUUCCCAUGUCCAAAAUGCCGUAGUCCUAAAUGUGGCAAUGAUUGCAGAUGUCUAAGAAAAUACAUGUAUGAUUGCAUUGAAUAUGAUGGCAGUGAACAAAAGAUUAGAAAUCCAUACGUCCAUUUAAAGUAGCUUGAAUUUUUCAAAAUUUUAAUCGUAAAAUUAGAGAAAGAGAUAAUGUAUGAAUUAUUAUUAAUUUCGAAUAUCAAUAGAAGUUUUUACAUUGUUAAUUAAAUCACUGUAUACUGUACUCAAGCACUGUGUGUCAGUUCUGAAAUUUACACAAUCUAAAGCCUUGAUGUAAAUCAUUUCACUAACGUUUCUCUUGAGAAAAUUACUGUCUUGCUGUUUUUAUUGUGGUUUACAAAUCUACAGUCAGACUUAUGUUGAACAGUUCUCUUCUUAAACUUCUGUCUUUAUUAAGAAGAGGACGGCUCAUCAUAAAGUCUCUCGAUUAUAA